GGUGUGCAUGUCGUGUUCUGGUUUUAGUGCAUGUCCAGGUACCUACCAACCAUUACGGCCCCCAGAACUGUUUAAGGGCGCCAAAGGUUUCAGCCCCAAUAUUUGCAAUCCCGGCACUAGCCACACUGCAUGGAUCGCUUUGGCUAUAUACCCGGUGAUUCUUGCCUAGACCUGUGUGCUAUUCUUCUGCUGUCAACCUUUCCGGUCAUCAAUAUAUGUAGACUGAACAGACAGUCACAACCACGACCUAAUCAUGGCUAGUUCAACCCCUGACUUCGACUCGAAGACCUUUUACACAUUCAGCAACCCUAGCUUAACCAACUACUCGCUCAGCGCCGGGAUCUUCCUCGACACCAACGGCGCUAUCAACAUGACCACAUCCGGUGCCUACUCAUCUGAAAACUGGCAGAUCUAUUCUCAAGGCGGCCGCUACUUCAUCCGCAACUACGACUACGGACCAGAGUUUCAGCUAGGACUAACAGCACAGAGUAGAGGCAUUCCAAUGCUGUAUCGUCGGAGUGGGGGUCUGGGCCAGCAGUGGAGUAUUAUGAAGAAGGAUGAUGGGUGGGAGUUUACGAAUGGGUUGUUGGGAAAUGGAACAGGGAUGGCGGUCCCGCUUCAGGGCUUCGUGGGCAUUGCGAUGCAGGCGUCAAGCCGUGGGAGGACGUGGAAGAUUACGCAGAAUCCAAGUGCCGAGGAAUCAGGGCCAAAAGGACCGGACAUGUAUAGUGAAGUAUUAGGGUUCGAGGUCUCACAAUCUUCAUCCUCUAGCAUCUCUAGCAGUUUGCGCACUGCCUCCACCGCUUCUGCUUCCGUCACUCCAUCCGGCACAUCUCUUCUACCCUCAAGCGCUUCUACAACCCCAACAUCAACUUUUGCCUCCUCCGCCUCUCCACUAUCGUCUUCCUCCUCAUCUCUCAGCUCUGGGGCCAUAGCCGGUGUCGCAAUUGGUGGUGUCUCAGUCCUCGCCCUAGCCAUCUACGGUCUCUGGUUCUGGGCUCGCAAACGGAAAAUGGCAAAAGAGCAUCAGUACGAAUUACAGGGCCACAACAUGCCCGUGGAGAAGUAUGCGUAUAGAGCAGAACUGGAAUCUCCGAGACAGGUCUGGGAGAAGGAUACUGUAGCAGCAAGAGUGGAACUGGCUUGAGAAGGCUGCAAAAAGGUUCGGGCUACUGCACAAGCCCGAUGUCAAGAGUGAAGAAAUGAGAGUUGGUGUGGGUAGCACGCACCUGAUGAACAUGCGGUUCUCCGACCUCGAUCUAUCCAUGCAUCCUACGAAUUGCGCAUGAGCUUUCCGUAAGGAUGAUGAAGUGUUGCAGCCAGUCACUGCCUCCUCGUUGCGGGAGUAUAAGAGAGAGAGAGCAAGAGUAGCGCGCUAUUUGUGUUGAGCAUGUCGCCAG